UUAAUAAUAAGAAUAGGUUAGGUUACUUUGUAUUCUGGCGGUCAAAAUCCGAUUCAUAUCUUAAAAAUAAAAACAACUGCUGUUCAAAAAUGAGCAACGAAGAUGACCUAGAUGACUAUGAUGAUGCUGAAGAUGAACUUAUAACAGCACAAAAAGUUUUGGAGAAUCUUGAAGUUGCUUGGGCAAAUGAGCUAUUUGCACCAGAAAUACUCCCUCAUCAGGGUGAAAUGUUGGAGUUGAUGCUUGGACAAAUCGCUCAUAUGGAGGAAAAUAUGAAGGAACUGGAUAAAAACGACUUCCGGUUUAUUGCUCACCAAAUGGAAUUGGAGCGAAUUCGUUAUAUCAUUGCCAGCUAUCUCCGUUGUAGACUCCAAAAGAUAGAAACAUUUGCAACUCACAUUCUUGCAGAAGAGAAUGCUCGGGGAGCAAGUGAAAAGCGACUAUCUGCCGAAGAAACCGUGUUUGCCCAAGAGUUUUUUGAUAACAUGGAGAACUACUUUAACGUUGUUGCAUUGCAAUAUAUGCCCAGCGUUCAACGUUCAGAUGCUGAAAAAAGAGUUGUUCGUCCAAAUUUAAUGAGCCAUGUUUUCAUUAAAGCAAAAGUUUCUGUCCCUGCAGUUGUUGUUGGUGUGGACGACGAAGAAGUAGAUUUGGCAGCCGGUUCGCAACACAUAAUUCCCUAUCAAUUAGUUUCUGAUUUAAUUGCAAAAGAACAAGCUCAGCUGAUUUAAGUUUGAAAAACUAGUUAUACUCUUUAUUUACUUUUAGAUGUAAUAUUAAACAUAACAUGCUUUCUUGGCAAAGGGACGGGAUUCAUUACAUCUUUGUUAUUAGGCGAAACGUAGCUCGUUGGCUUCUUUAAUGGCGACUUUAAAAUCCUUUCCAUACGUCUAUCGGAUACAACGCUGCCGUCUAUUAUUAUUUUACUUUUUUUUGUUUGCUUAGCUCUACCGACGUCGUUAUUUUGUUCACGUUCUUCUGGCCUGUCGGGAAAGGUAUUUUUUUCCGAUAUUAUUAGCUCGACCAAUUUGUUUAAUCUUUUACGAGUUUUGUAAAAAGUUGGGUAUUUCUGUAGACGUUAAAAAAAAAAAAAACAUCUAUACUAGUUUAAAAAUUAUAUAAACCAGACUUUACCGAUUGAAGAGCAUUUCUCUGUUCCAAUAGGUUAUUUGAAAUGUCUAUUGCUUUUAUUGCCGAUAUGCUUUUGGAUUCAAUAUUGAGGCCAUAAAUAUCCAGUUUACUUUCAAGCUCAUGAAUAAUAUUCGUACUGUUUAAAUGUAUAUUUAAAAUGGUUAAUAAAAUGAUA